UUCCUUCCUCUUCCAGAGACUCGAGCGAGUUCGCUGGGCAGGAGAGAGGGAAAAAAUAGAAAACAACAAAUACACACACGCGCGUUUUUGUAAAGGGAAUCCCUGUUUUUCUCCUGGAUUUGUGGAUGCACCGAUGAGAGAUCCAGCCUUCCCAGGGACUGCCAUGGCUUACCAUCCCUUCCACGCACCCCGGCCGGCUGACUUCCCCAUGUCCGCUUUCCUCGCAGCCGCCCAGCCGUCCUUUUUCCCGGCUCUGGCUCUGCCUCCGGCGGCGCUGGCGAAGCCCAUGCCGGACCCGGGGCUGGCCGGGGCGGCCGAGGCCGGGCUGCACGUCUCGGCCCUGGGACACCACCAAGCCGCCCAUCUGCGCUCGCUCAAAAGCCUGGAGCCCGAGGAGGAGGUCGAGGACGACCCCAAAGUAACGCUGGAAGCCAAAGAGCUUUGGGACCAGUUUCACAAGCUGGGCACCGAGAUGGUGAUCACCAAGUCUGGGAGGAGGAUGUUCCCCCCGUUCAAGGUGCGGGUGAGCGGCCUGGACAAGAAGGCCAAGUACAUUCUGCUGAUGGAUAUAGUGGCGGCCGACGAUUGCCGGUACAAGUUCCACAACUCUCGCUGGAUGGUGGCCGGCAAGGCCGACCCGGAGAUGCCCAAGCGCAUGUACAUCCACCCCGACAGCCCGGCCACGGGGGAGCAGUGGAUGGCCAAACCUGUUGCCUUUCACAAGCUCAAGCUCACCAACAACAUCUCGGAUAAGCACGGCUUUACCAUCCUGAACUCCAUGCACAAGUACCAGCCCAGGUUCCACAUAGUCCGGGCCAACGACAUCCUCAAGCUGCCCUACAGCACCUUCCGCACCUACGUGUUCCCCGAGACCGACUUCAUCGCUGUCACUGCCUACCAGAACGACAAGAUCACCCAGCUGAAAAUCGAUAACAACCCCUUCGCCAAGGGCUUUCGGGACACGGGCAAUGGCCGGCGGGAGAAGAGGAAGCAGCUCUCCCUGCCGUCCCUGCGGAUGUACGAGGAGCCCUGCAAGCCCGAUCGCGACGGCGGCGAGUCGGACGCCUCCUCCUGCGAGCCCUCGGCCGUGCGGGAUGCCCUCCACUCGCCCGUGGGUGCCCUCCCCAGCCCCCUGCGCCUCAAGGGCAGCGGCAGAGAGGAGAAGCCAGGGSCCGACAGCGACGCCGAGGUGGAGAAGGUGCCCGAGGAGCGGCYGGUGGCAGCAGCCAGCCCCAGCGGGGAGGACGCGACGCCCCGCGGCAGCCCCCGGUGCCCGGAGGAGCGGGGCAAGGAGAGGCACAGCCCGGAGAAAGCCAAGGAUGGCGCAUCCCCCCGGGAGGGUCCUGGCGAGGGCCUGUUCGGCGCACGGGGCCUGGAGAAGGACAAGGUGGAAGGACGGAGSAAAGAGACGGAGCCGGGCAAGAAGGACACGGAGGGCGGCGCGCUGGGCAAGGAGGCCUUCGCCCCGCUGAUGGUGCACACGGACAGCCCCCCGCACCUGAGCGCCGGGCACCUGCAGAGCCUGGCGCUCUCCGGCCUCCACGGGCAGCAGUUCUUCAGCCCGCUGGGCGCCGGGCAGCCCCUCUUCAUCCACCCGGGACAGUUCGCCAUGGCCCCCGGCGCCUUCUCUGCCAUGGGCAUGGGACACUUGCUGGCCUCGGUGACCGGCGGGGGCAGCCUGGAGAACGGAGCGCUCUCGUCUGCCCCCAGCGCGGCAGGGACGGCCACCCCCUUCCCUUUCCACCUCUCCCAGCACAUGUUGGCCUCUCAGGGAAUCCCGAUGCCCACCUUCGGCGGACUCUUCCCCUACCCCUACACCUACAUGGCAGCGGCCGCAGCRGCCGCCUCGGCCAUGCCGGCCACCAGCGCUGCCGCCGCCGGGCCGCUGUCCCGCAACCCCUUCCUGGGCAGCAGCCGGCCCCGCCUGCGCUUCAGCCCCUACCAGCUCCCGGUCACCAUCCCKCCCAGCACCAACCUGCUGACCACCGGCCUGCCCGCCAGCCUCAACCCCGGCUCCGAGGGCUCCAAGGCCGGCAGCAGCCGCGAAUCCAGCCCCCUGCCCGAGGUGCCCCUGCACAAGGGGGGCAGCCAGCGCCCCGCUGCCUCCCCCAAGGGCUCCCUCAAGGAGUCCCUCAAUGAACUGCAGAACAUCCAGAGACUGGUGAGCGGGCUGGAGAGCCAGCGGGAGCUGUCGCCCGGCAGGGAGUCCCCGAAGUGACCGGCGGGGCGGGCGAUGAGCCCUCCCGGCGGGGCGGAGAAGCACUGGUAUUUUGUACAGCACAGUAUAAAUAUUUAUUGUGGAGCGAGGGGUGGGAGCAGCCAGGGAGCGGGGUGCUGGAGCAGAGGGACGGACCCCACCGGCCAAGCGGCCCCACCACCCCAGAGCCAGGAGGGAGCAGCCGGAGCGCAGGGCUUGCCCACCCCUUCUGCUGUGGGGCUGGGAGCGGCUCCCCCCACUCCAGCGAGGCCACGGAGCCCCCAGGACCCCCCAAUUCCCUGCUCCGGGCACCGGGCAGCUCGGGGGAG